CGCAAUUUGAUGCACGAGAAAAAAGUUUAUUUAUAAGCAUAAUUUAAAUUUUAGAGAUCGCUUCUUUUCUUUUAUAUAUGCGUAUAUAUAAUGACAUUGAAAUACACUGACGUUAGCGAAUUUCCUCAGAUUAUCGAGGAACUUCAAAGUUCUUUUUCAAAUAAUUUAACGAGACCGUUAAAUUAUCGUAAAAAACAACUUGAACAAUUAUAUAAUUUAUUGGAUGAAAACGAACAAGAAUUUUGUGAAGCAUUAUAUAAUGAUUUGCAUAAACAUAAAACUGAAUCAUUGUUAGGAGAAAUUAAUAUGAUAAAACAAGAUUGUUUAGAUGCAAUUGAGCAUUUAGACGAAUGGACUUCUCCAGAAUAUGUUGAAGUUGGUCUUGCACAUAAAUUAAAUAGAUGUCAUAUUAGAAAAGAUCCUGUUGGAUUAGUUCUUAUAGUUGGAGCAUGGAAUUAUCCAGUUAAUUUGGUAUUAUUACCUUUGGUAGGAGCAAUAGCAGCAGGAUGUACCGCAAUAAUUAAACCAUCAGAAUUGGCAAUAAACACAGCAACAACAAUUGACGCACUACUACCGAAAUAUUUGGAUCAAAAAGCUUAUAAAUGUAUUAAUGGAGGAGAAACGGAAAUGACAAAUUUAUUAAAAUAUAAAUUUGAUCAUAUUUUUUUUACAGGAUCAGGUGCUAUAGGUAAAAAGAUUAUGUUGGCAGCAUCAAAACAUUUAACUCCAGUUACACUUGAGCUGGGAGGAAAAAGUCCUGUAAUAUUAGAUGAAAAUAUUAAUUUUUCAGUUACAGCGAAAAGAUUAAUUUGGGCCAAAUCAUUUAAUUCGGGUCAAACAUGCAUUGCACCUGAUUAUAUUUUAUGUACUAAAAAAACUCAAAAGGCUUUACUUAAAGAAAUUCCUAAAGCAUUAAAAGAUCAAUUCGGUGACGAUAUUCAAAAAUCUCCUGAUUAUGCUCGUAUAAUUAAUCAAAGGCAUUUUGAUCGUUUAGCAAAAUUAUUAGAAAAAACCAAAGGAAAUAUUGUGGUUGGAGGAAAAAUUGAUCGGGAUGAUUUAUUUAUUGAACCUACUUUUGUUGAAAAUGUACCUAAAAAUGAUAGGUUAAUGGAGGAUGAAAUUUUUGGCCCUAUUUUCCCUAUUGUUACUGUAGAUAAUAUUGAAGAAGCCGUUAAUUUUAUUAAUGAAAAAGAAUAUCCUCUUUCGUUAUAUCCUUUUAGUAACGACAAUAGCACUAUCCAAUACAUUUUGAAUAAUACCCGAUCUGGUGGAGUAACCGUCAAUGACUGUCUUAUUCAUGCUACUGUUCCAACUUUACCGUUUGGAGGAACGGGAGCAUCAGGAAUGGGUGCAUAUCAUGGACGUAAAUCAUUCGAAGUAUUUACACAUAAAAGAAGUGUAUUGACAUCACCAUUUUUCUCGGAGAAAUUAUUAGAAGGAAGAUAUGCCCCAUAUAAAGAAACAAAUUACAAUAUAUUAAAUUGGUUAUUGUUUUCUAAACCAAAAUUUACUAAUAAACGUAGUAGAGGAAAAUGGAAAAUCAAGAAUAUUUUUGGAGUACUAUGUAUCAUUAUUGUUGCUUAUGUUCUUAAGAAAAAGUUCAUUAAAUAGAAAUGAUGGAAGAGAGAAAGCAGAAUUCCAGAUUCGAGAGAGAUAAAAAUAUAUUGUAAGUUAUAAACUUUUUUAAUUUAUAUUAAAUAUUAUAAAUAUUUGAACUUUUAAGAGUUCACUAUAUUUUCAAUUAUAUAUGCUUGACAAAUUGCAUUUUAUUUACAAAAAAUAAUUUAAAAACGAAAGAUGAAGGACUAUAACACAAAAAAUCUUAUUCAGAAAAAACAAAAUGAAGAACUAAAACUAAUUGAAAAUAAAAUACAAUUAUGAAUUCCUGUACAAAAAAAUUUUAAGCAUACUGAUUAUAACUUGAUUAUGAAAGAAAAUAUUUCAUUUUAUUCCAUAUCCAUAUCAAAUACACCAUGAUCAUGAUGAUCUUUAUUAUC